AUGCAACAGGACGGCGGGUUGCGGCGCAGCAGCAUUAUCCAACACGAACAAGAAGCCGACGAGCCAACGGUGUUCACCACUCCAUUGGACGACAACAAAGACGACGACGACGACGACGACAAUGAUGAACAGACAGCGAUAAAGACAAAAAAGAAAAAACAUCACAAGAAACGGGCGCAUUUGUGUUUCAAAUCGCCCUUGCAGCGUGGACAAACAUUGACUUUUUCGCUCCAAAAUGUCACACCGGACGACCACAUUAUUGUAUUCAAGUUUCUGACAAGCAAUGCCAGACUCCAACGCGCACGCAGUCGUCGUCACUCUCUGAUGGAACGCUAUUUCGUCAGGCCCAGUGCGGGUCGGAUGAUUGCGACAGAUCAAAUGGACAUUAUGUUGUUUUUGAAUCACGUGCCCGGCGAGUUGGCGCCAAACGAGAUUCUCAAGGAUAAGAUACUGGUACGCUGGGCCGUCAUUCAACGGAAUACCCAGGUGGACGCUUGGAUCCAAGCACAACCGGAUUCAACGCGUCGGAAAUGGCUGGAAAUGCUGGUUGAACAGUGGCCGGAUCAGGUUAUUGUACGGGAAACAAGAUUAAAGAUACGAUUUAUGUGA